AGGAAAUAAAAACACAAACCAACUCCACCCACUCCAAAUAUAAUUUACUCUUCCUAAGCUUUCCAAUUUCAUUCAUUCCCUUUUGUUUUUGAAUCAGAAUUUAUAGUUUUCCCGAAGCAAAAUAAAAACCCAAAAAACAACUAAUUUAUUAAAGAUACAGUAUUGGCUUCACCCUUGAGGAUUCAUAUAUGUAUAUCUACAAUGCAUGGCUGCCCCCACCAGUUGCCGAGGAGACCAAGAAGGAGAAGGAGUCUUUCUCUCGGGUCAUUUCUUCGCUCAAGGACCUUUAUCGAUCCGAUGACCCGGACUCUGUUUACUCCAAUCUCAAGUGGAUUUCUGUUAUCGACCUUUUUAUAAAGGCCAAAAGUGAUAUAUCUUUGGAUGAUGUAGUUUCAGUUGUUGAGUUUGGCUUAGAAUUAUUCCACAAAUCACAGAGCAAGUUAUAUGUGCAGGUUAGAUGGGGAAACAUCUUAGUGAGAUUGCUUAAUAAGCAUCGAAAGAAGUUGUUCUUGAAAGCUCAGUGGCGUCCUUUGUAUGAUAUUCAUACACAUUUUACAAGGAAAACAGGUCCAGAGGGAUGGAGAUUGAGACAUCGGCAUUUUGGGAUGGUUACUUCCCUUGUUCAAUCAUGCCGACGUUUUUUUCCAGCUGGUUCUGCCUCUGAAAUUUGGUCAGAGUUUAGAUCUCUUUUGGAAAAUCCAUGGCACAAUGCAACCUUUGAAGGAGCUGGAUUUGUGAGACUCUUCCUUCCUACAAAUGCAGAAAAUCAAGAUUUCUUCUCAGAGUAA